AUGAUGCGCAACGACUGCCUGGCCGUGCUGCGCGAGAUGUGCUUCGCGUCCGCGUGCUUCUCCGAGGGGCUGUCCGUGCAGCGCCAGUUCCUCAUCCGCCUCUUCGCGCUCAUGGAGAAUAAGAUCACCUUCGACUACGCCGUCGCGCUAGCGGAGGAGAUCCUGGCGGUGGGGGAGGAGACGCUGAAUCUGGGGUCGGUGCCCAACUUCGCGCGGCUGGUGCGCGGGCUGUCGUCGCGGCAGCUCUCCUUCUUCUGCCGCGUGCUCGCCAUGGUCGUCUUCGAACCCGAGGACCGCGCGCCCGAGGUCUCCGCGCUGCAGAAGGGCGCGGACCCGGCGGAGCGCGCGGAGCGGGAGGCGGAGUGGGCGGUGGCGGACGGCAAUCACGACGUGCUGCUCGCCAUCCCCGACAUCCUCGCCAACCUCGUCAAGCUGCUGCAGAUGGAGAGCAGCGGCGAGGCGGACCUGUGGUCGCCCAGCCUGAGCGAGUGGCAGCCGCUGCUGGGCGACCUCAUGGCUGGUGAGGACGAGACCGCUGCUGACUGGGGGCCUGAAGAGGACGACGAAGAGGACUAUAACGAGGACGGGGAGGAGUACGAGGAGGAGGAGGAGCAGGAGGAGGAUGAUGAGGAGGUGGAGGUGGAGGAGGAGGAGGAGCAGGAGGAGGAUGAUGAGGAGGUGGAGGAGGUGGAGGAGGAGGUUGAUAUGGAGGGCGAGUUGCUGGAGGAGGACGAGGAUGUGGAGGGCGCAGAUGCAGAGGAGGGGGAGGGGGAGGAGGCGGAGGAAGGGGAAGGGUCUGGGUUCUACGAGGAUGUUGAGGAGGAGAUUGCAGGGGAGGACGAGGAGGAGGGCGGGGAGGGGGAGGAAGUAGAGGAGGGGGAGGAAGUGCGCGGAGGGGGGAGCAGGAGUGGGGGCGAGAGGCAGGGGCCCAGGUUGGGGAGGCUUUGGGGGGGAGGGGAUGGUGCGGAGAGGGCGGGAGGUGCGAGGGAGAGGAGGGAGAGUGCGGGUGGGGGUGCUGGAGCUAUUCAUUUCAUACAGGGCUUGUUUGGCUGGGGGACCGGCGAUGCUGGUACCAGCACCCAUAGCACUGGCGGUGGCAGUGGCGGAGGUGGGGGAGGGAGGGAGGCGGAAGGGAAUGGGGGGGCGAGAGGCGCGGCACAAGGUGCGUCGGAAGGCGCUGCGUCAGGGGGAGACGGCGGAGAUGGCGGGGCGGAAGCCUCUGGCGCUGCAGGCAGGCAGGCGGGCAGGGGGAAUCUCUGGGGAGGGUUCGGGCUGUUUGGGGGCAUGGGCGGACUUCGACCAGGGGGAGCAGGCGGAGGGGGAGGAGCAGUGCGGGAGGGAAGAGGCGGGGCAGGGGAAGGAGGAGAGGAGCAGGAGCCUGGUCCGGAUGGCGGUGGUGGUGCUGUGGCUGUCAGUCAACGGCGAACUGGUGCUGCUGCGCCUGCAGCAGGAGUAGCGCCACGCGGAGCAGCAGAUACCACCCGAGGGCCCUUCUCCCCUCGUUCGCCGCCUGUUGCCGCUCCUCCCCCCCGCAUGCCGCCGCUCCUCCCCCCCUCCCCCCAUGCUGCCGUGCUGCCAUUCUCCCCCCAUCCCACCGUCCUUACAGGAACCUCCACCUCCCCUCCUCGACCGCCCCCCAACCGCACUCCACCCACUGCAACCCAACUGGGAGCGCUUCCCCAAGUGAAUACUAUAGGCAAUCCAAUGACCGCCAAUCCCCUCAACCUGCUCCCACUCACCGCGCCUGCCAACCCCGCCGCUGCUGCUACCACCGCAGAGGCAGCAGGCGCGGGGAUUCCUGCGGGCGCGCGCGUGAUGGUGUUCGUGGGGAACCCGCCGCGGCUGCUGGGGGAGGUGCCCGAGGGCGAGCUGGAGCCCUUCCUGCGCGCGCUGCCCCAGGGCGCGGUUACCGUUCUCAGGGCUGGCGAAAUCGGGUUACCAGAGGGCGCGGGGCCUGCUGCUGUGGCGACGAACAUGGCUGCUUCGUUCAUGGAGCAACAGCAGGUGGAGGUGCUAUUCGUGCUGUGUGCGCUGUGUGGCGGCAAGCGCAAGGAAGCGGUGCAGGACCAGCUGGCGGGGCUGGGGCUCGUGGCCAUCCUCGUUGACUCGUUUGACCGCCUCAACUGGUCUGCACCGCUGCCGCCGCCCGCUGAACCCCACGGCAUCCACGGCCCCGGCUGCUCCUGCAACCCCGAGUCGGCCCUGAAGAUACAGUACCUGCGUCUCAUCCACAACUUCUGUGACCGAGACGGUCCCAACCUGCACAACAAGCUGCUCCUCGCCUCGCCCGGUGGUGUACCACCACCGCAUGAUGCUGCUACACCACCCAGGAUCGCUGCCUCGGGAGUCGCUGCAAGUGCAAUCACCCCUGGGAGCACUGCUGCUGGUGCCGGUGGUGGUGGGAGUGGUGGGGCGAGCAGCAGUGGUGUCGGCAGUGCUGGCAGCAGCAGCUCCAGCGGCAGUAGUGGGAGUGUGGAGGGGAGGGUGCAGGGAGGCACGCAGGGAGAGGGAAACGGACAGGGGCGGGGACAAGGAGAGGGAGAGGGGGAGGAGCAAGGGUAUGCGCUGGGGUUUGGGGCAAGCUUAGGCCGGGCGCUAGGGUUCUCACCGAACCAAUGGCUGCCUGGCUUGGGUAUCAGAGAUGGCGCAGGUGACUCUGGUGUGCUGUCCCAGGCCGUGGGAGUGGGCGCCAGCAGAGGAGAGGGAAUCAGUUCAAUAGCAGCAGCAGGAGCAACAGAAGCAGCAGCAGCGGGAGCAGGUGGGGUGGUGGAGGGCGGGGCGGGCGAGGAGGAAAAAAACGAGGCGCUGAUGCUGAAGAUCAUCCGAGUGCUCAUGAAGGAGUCAGCCGACUCCGUGUACCGCUUCUGGCUGGCCUCCUGUGUCGAGGCCUUCCUGCGAGGCUCCAACCCGCGCGACCAGCAGCUGGUGGCGGCCACGGGCCUCAUGGAGCACCUGGUGGAGGAGAUUCUCCGAGGGGCGUCGGGCUUUAAGUGCGCGGCGUCGCUGCAGAUCGACUUUGACCUGCUGGGUGAGCUGGUGAAGUUCAACCCGGUGCUGUUCCGGCGCCUGGCGGCGCUGGUGCAGGGCGAGCGGUUCAGCCGGUUCAUAGAGGUGCUGGUGGCGCACCUCGUGGACUCAAAUGUCUUUAUUCGAUCUGUCAUGCUCUCCCUCCACGCCUUCCGCACCGGCCUCCCCACCCCGCCCUACCUCGGCCCCUGCCCCACGCCUGCGCUCCCCCCUCCUGUGCUGUCCCCUGCGCUCCCAUCCACGUCCGCUGCUCCGCCCUCGCUAGUGUCAUCUUCCUCCUUAAGCCCUGCGCCCGCCCUGCAGUCCUCCUCAUCUGCUGCUGCUUCUGGGGAAGAGGAGGCGAAGAAGGAUGCGGGACUUGCGGCUGAUGGCAGUGAUGCUGAUGCUAGCGGUGGCGGGAGUGAUGGUGAUGGUGAUGGUGAUGGUGGCGAUGCUAACAGCAGCUCAAGCGAGGGCACAGGCAGAAUAAGCAGAGAGAGAGAAGAAGAGUCGGCUCUUAAGGCCACACCCUUAUGUGCGGCACCACUUGGGGGGUCGGUGGAAGAGGAGGAGGAGGUGGAGCUGGCGUCACCCCUGGCGGCGUUCAUGGAGUGCAACUCCGUGCUGCUUCUGCGCGACCUCAUGCUGGUUGUGCGCCUGGGCGACAUCAACCAGGACAACAUCUGUGUGCUCAACACGGCGCUCAUCUUCUUCAUCUUCGCCAAUCGCAACGCACAGCUCCUCUCUCUGCUCGCCGCCCUCCGGGCCGCCGACAAGGCCCAACCUGCAUCCCUUGCCGCUUCCACCACCCUCCUCCAACCCUCCGCCCCUUCCUCUCCUGCUUCCCCAUCCUCCCCUUCCUCCUCCUCACCCUCGUCCUCGCCCUCCUCACGCUCUCCCUCUUUCCUCUCCAAGCCCCCGUCUUCUGCUCUCCUCAACCCAUCUUUGCUGCCUGAGCCGCUUUUUUCCACGUCUGAAGACUCGUCCUCUGGAGUGGGCCCAGGCAGCGUGAUGAAAAACUUUCGGGCGCUGCUGGACUUUUGGCGGGAGUAUUAUCUGAGGAAGAGGGGCAGGGACUGUGCCAGCCUGCAGUUCUCCACCAACAUUCCCUUCACCGAGUGGCUCCGAGUCGUUGAAAUGCUUUGUGCGCCGCCCGACUGCCCUACCUCGCUUUUGUACUGCCCGCCGCUGCCCGCUAGUGGCUCGCAGUGCUCCUCUGUUGGGCUCAGGGUUGACCCCCCUCCCCGACGGUGCUGA